AUGGUCAAACUUUCAAUAAUAGCACCUUUGGUGUACAUUGUCGUGCUCGUCGGCACUCUUGCAGUUUUCUCAUCUUUGUAUCGAAAGCGAAAGGCUAGUAAGUUCUACGAUUCCCGGCGAUGCUUCUCGGAGAAUUUUGGCUCACAACGAUCCAGAAAAAGCUGCCUCCUUGGAACCUUGGUUCGGUCCGCACUAUUCCCGUGACAUAUACUUGACGCUCUUGCAUCAGGAGAACCCCAAGGUCCCAGACAGCAUCCUCAAAGCAGCGCUCGUUCGACGAGCAACAGAAGAUAUCCGCCGCAUCGUCACCAUUCGCCAGGCCAAAGGUUCUCUUCAACAAUUGUUACAACGGGGGAGUAUCGGUGAUGAUUUGUGGACCCGUUUCACCGUUGCCGAAGCCGAAAUUGAGGAGGUCCGUCUUUCUGCUAUCACAGGCAUAUUGCAUAGGGGGAAGCGAGGGAGAAGCUAAUAGCUGUCGCUCAACAGGAACUAAAAGACGUUGCCAUGGAGGCUAACGGAUUUGGCAGUGAAUGGGCUGCUAGUAUUUUUCAAAGCGCCCAUGAGAUCGUUCAAGCAACAAAGAUUAGAGAGCGUGCUGCGGAAGUUGCUGAGCAAGCCGCAGCUGAACGAGUAUGGUGGAAUGAGAAGAGAGAACGUGCUUCGCGCGAGUUACUAGGAGAGAACUCUGAUGAGGAUGGUGUGUUGGUCGAGUCCUCGGGGUCCAGAGGUGCAGCAAGACCCGGCACCACGACUCAGAGGAAGGGAAAGAAUGCCACUUAG